CCCCACUCCUCCAAGCCCCCCACCACCUACGCCCUCCCCACCAAGCCCCAAGCCGCCUUCACCGAAGCCGCCCAGCCCACCGCCGCCCAUCAUCUGCCCCUUCAACACGACCCCUGCCGGCGCAUACAACAGCUCCUGCAGCGGCUGCACCCUCAGCAGCAGCUGUGUGUUGACUUGCACCAGCUGUACACGGACUAGCGGGACCACGGUGGCAACCAGCUUGAACCUCCAGAACUGUAACCCCGGCUGGGCGUUUACCAACAAUGACGGCCAGUUAGGAUGCUCGGCGUAUGGCUCAGACCUUGGUCCGGCCACAUGGAUCUACCAACAGAACGGCACCGCCGGACGCCAACUGCAAGUGGCAUCCCAAGCUUCGAAAACCUACCUCAUGAUCCCGAUUGCUCCGUAUGCUGAGGAUUGGACUCAGAUUUGGCACGUCAGACUGAUUGACCAAGCUAACGGACUCCAUGUAUUCCACCCAGCUGCCAGCCCCUCGCUUUGUUGGGACGUUGAAGGUGGCUCUCAGGACGCUGGGGCACGGGUUCUCCUGUACUCCUGCUUGGAGUCUGACGGCGUCAGUAUUGGUCCCAAUCGCAAGUUCAAGAUCGUGCAGUCAUGUGUGCCCGGAGAGGUGCACAUCAUUGCUUACCAUAGCAAUAAAUGCCUGGACACAAACAUCGG